CUGUACUUGAAAACAUGUCCAAUCAUCGCACAGGUUUCAUUUUCAGUUUUGUAGUUUGAAACUAUUCUUCAAGUUUCAUAACACGGCUGUCGGACCCUCAUUUUGUAGCAGCUACAAGGACUAUAAACACACAAGGCAACAAAUUCACAAAGUAAGUUAAUAAUAUUAAUAAUAAUAAUAAUAAUAAUAAUAAUAAAUUUUAAGACGAAAUAAGUAGGGCUAUAUCUUACAAUUCAGUAGCUUUAUACAGAAAAUAUAUAUAGUGCUAAUUAGUGGGGUUAUUCGGUUUAGCCUCAUUAACAGCAUAUACUGCUAAUGAAGUUUAAACCGAAUAACCCCACUAAUAUUAGCACUGUAUAUUUUCUGUAUAAAGCUAUUGAAUUGUAAGAUAUAGCCCUACUUAUUUCGUAUGCUUAUAGAUUCUUCUAGAAGCUAGGUUAUUAUUUGAAAUGCUUAUAGAUUCUUGUACGUAGAAGCCAGACUAUAGAGUGUUUGCACUCAUUCUCCAGGGACCAACUCUACAAAACCCAUGGCACAGGCCAUGUUGGCGUUCCAGUCAAAAGAGUCUAACUAAAAUUAUUUUGAAUUGGAACACCAACAUGGCGGCUGUGACGUAAUGUGCAAAUGCUCUAUUAUUUCGCCAAGCAUUGCAAUUUUAAAAUAGUAAUAUUAUGUGGACAGCUUAUGUUCGUUAUAUAUUGAAAUAUAAUAAAACCUUUAGAGGUUCAAAAUGUUCGUCUAAACCACAGAAUUUCACUUUCUACACGAGAGAAACUUGCUGAGCUAACCGCCUCGAGUCACUUUGGGAAAACUGCUCAACAACGUAAUUGACAAAAUCAUUUGCAUUUUCCUCCAUUUUGUUCCAAGUCACAUGAAGAAACCAUGGUUUGUCAUUGGCUAAUUGAUUCAAGCAACUCAAUACUAAGCUCACAACAUCCGCAGACGUUGAUUUUUUCCUCACGAGGUGAAAAAUAACAAACACGAUAGAUAUUUUCCUCAAGGCCUCGAGAGGUCAAAUCCUCACGAAAACUAUCCGCACACGAGAGCCUGACUUGCUGAGCUAGCUGCCACGCGAGGCGGUUAACUCAGCAAGUUGCUCACGUGUGCGGCAGGCUUUGUGCAAUGUGGUUUCAUUCUCUGCUGAAUAAAUGAAUAAUAAAACACUCCGCCCUUCGGCAAUUUCUCGUUUUCCCAAUUUCCACUCGUGUUGAUAUUACUGUAUAUCAACACGGAAAAUGUUUUAUAUUUGUUAAUUAUUACACACUUUUCCUUGACAAGUUGAUCGGUCAAAUACGUUUCCCUUGACUCGAGUUGGCUCGUGUGCACGAAAUGUUGUUAAACAUUUAUCUCACGCCAAGGCCGCCUUUUGUUUGCUAAAACCAUAGAAAUGUUUCUUGUACACUUGUCAUGUUUUCCUUGGCGGCCGUAUACACGAACACAUAUUCCUGGCAUGACUAUAGCUUUGGAAGGAAAAUUUGUCACUUUUUUGCCGUGCACACGAGCAAAUAAAUCUUGUCAAGGAAAACUUUCUCGUCUUUAUGGGGCUGUAGUGUGAACAAUGAGGAAGUUGAUGACCAUCUUAAAUGAACUCCGCUUCCCGAAACCGGAUGAAGACGUUCAUCAGUCCUUUAAGCCGCUCCCUUUGCCGAUCCGGCAAGAGAUAGAUGGUUUUAUUCAAUAUCUUGACUUGCAGUAUAUAUACUGAAUUGAUAAGGUUUACAGUUAAGAAGAAGAUUUUUUAAACUAUUUACAAAAAAUUAUUUGCUAUUUACAAUUAUUUUAUUUGCAGUCCUAUUAGAACUGAUAGAGCUAUCCAGUAUAAAUAAAGGUUAGUUUAGUUUCUUCCUGUAGUAACACUGGUUCAAUAAGGGAUGAUCCUUACUGGUCAGGAAAGCGAAGUUUAGAUUUGACUGAGAGGUAUCCAGUUUAUUUUUAGUUUAGUUUAUAUUCCUUCUCAUCGGCAAUCCACAAUUUUUUUUCUAGAAAGAUGUUGAGAGUACCGCUAGCAGUUUUUGUCCUGGCAUCUUUAUUUAGUGGUCAGUACAAGCUCUUCUUCGCAUCGUUCAAGAGGUUUUGUUCUUAAAAUAAUGGUUACUUACCGAAAAACUGUUUUUCAAUUCUAGGUCUUCACGGGCAGGCACUGACAUGUCUGUGUACAGGGAGUACGUGUGCCAACGGUGUGACAACAUGUACGGAAGACAACGAGCUUUGUUACGCAGCUGUGAUUAGACUGAAAGAUGCUAGCACUAGAAUCGAAAAAGGUUUGCAUUUCUUCAGGAUAUCCGUUUAGUGUUCCUCGC